GCAAAGUUUGUUUUCUUAGUUACCUGACUCUUAAGGGUCAUGAUCCAAGCUCGAAAAGAUGUUACUGCAUCGAAUAAAGAGCCAAAGGCUGAGGAACAAGUUACGCAUUCUGCUUCACGGACUGUUUCAACUGUUCGCUCAGUGCAUUCCCUUGACCAGAGACGUACUGCUUUCGUGACAAAUACUCUUGGAGCUCCUGCAACUGUUAUUCUUUCAGAAGGAGGUGGCAUACAGGAAGGCAGUGCUUUUCAGUAUCACAGAGUAGCAUUAGGGACUCAGCUACAGCAUGUAGUCACUCCUGUACAAGUACAAGGGACUAAUACCACUUCUGUAUCAGAAUCAUUAUCAGUUAAUCCAAGAUGUGCAGUAACAUCCUCACAGGAGGUAGCACAUAUUUUAGUAGCUACAACUUCAAAUUCCUCUCUCCAUGCUGUCGAACUACAAAAUUCUAUAGUGAAUGCCAGUGCUUCCACACAACAGCAGUUUCAGACUGUGGGAAAUAUAACAAAUGUUGUCACAAGUGGUCAACGGACAGCAAGCGGUGCAAUUCUUGCUCAGCCAGUUUCUCAGACUUCUGUGACGCAAAGAAUUGUCUUGAACAGCGGCAUGCCAGAUGUUUAUGCUUUGCGCAUAGCUCCACCAACUCCAGCUGGCGGUGCUACUCCUCAGCAAAUAAUGGUAUUGGAAUCUUCUGCAGGUUUAGCACCAUCUAGUGAUGUAACUAAAGUUCAUUCUUAUAGUCUAGCUAGUGCAGCAGUAUCUUCUUUAUCAACUGCUAGUACUAUGCAAAAAGUCGUGAUUAGUACUCCCGGGCAAUCUUUACAAGUUGCUAGCAUGCCACAAAAAGCUUUAUCUUCAACUCAGACUCAAGUUAGAACUGCUGUUAAAAGGCCGUCAACUUCAUCUAAUUCAAGUCGCACAGAAGUAGUAUCAUCUGUAAAUAAUGUUGUUGAUGUGGUAUCUCGUCUAUCUGUUGUGAAUAAAUUGUUGUCUGGCUUGAUGUUUUGUGAAGGAAAAGUUUCUAUCAUUCCAAGCAGUCCAAAAGCAAAAAGAAUAAAGUUAGAUAAAUCUAAUAUUCUUAACAAAGAUGUAGUAAUGAAGCGAAAGAAGGUGGCUGAGCACCUUGCUAAAAAAUUACGGUCUUUACAUAUGAAAUAUUAUUUACAACAGACUGAAUAUUUUUUUUUGAAAAGUAAUGGAAAUAUGAUGGAUUUUAUAUUGUGGCGGAAAAAAUUUCCUGCAGCACUUCUAGACUAUCUAAGAGCAAAUCGUUUAGAUCCGUAUGAAGAAAUGAAAGGUGUUUCAGAUAUUUUAUCACAGUUAACAUCACAGCCUGGCCACUUGAGCAUAGGAUCCCAAGUUGCAUCAUGUGAUUCAUCUCCAUCUAAAUCCAAUACAGUGAGUUCUAGUCACUCCCAGUCAUCCCCUUCUCGCCUUCCACCAUUGCCAUCUUCAUUACAGCGUUCGGCAGAUUCAUCUUCUGGAUCCCAAACAUCAGUGACUAAAGGUGUUCGACAGCCACUUACGACACAUAAGCAAUCUGCAAAACAUAACUCUAUAUCUUCAGUCUAUGAUUCUCAAAUUGGAUCACAGGAAGAAAUAGUGGAGAGAGCUAAGCAGGAAGCCUAUGUUAUGCAGAGAGUUGGCGAUCUAAGAAAAGAAGGAUUAUGGUCUCUGAAACGACUUCCAAAAGUAGCAGAAUGUCCACGUAUAAAAGCACAUUGGGACUAUCUUUUAGAAGAAAUGGUAUGGCUAGCAACAGACUUUGCUCAAGAACGAAAAUGGAAAAAAGCUGCUGCUAAAAAGUGUGCACGUAUGAUCACGAAGUACUUUCAAGAGAAGGAAAUAAAAGCUGAGAAAGCUGAGCGAGAAGAACAAAUGAGGCUUCGCAAGAUUGCGAGCAUAAUGUCAAGAGAAAUCAAGCAGUUUUGGAAUAACAUUGAAAAGCUUGUGGAAUACAAACAGCAAACUUGGUUGGAAGAAAAAAGGAAGAAAGUUUUAGAUGUGCAUUUAAAUUUCAUUGUUGAUCAAACCGAAAAGUAUUCCUCAUGGCUUACUCAGGGAAUGAAUCGUAGUUAUAAUGAAAGUCCUGAGUCAAGUAGAAGCUCUUCUCCAAUUCCAGUUUCCAUGUCUUCUUCAACUCCCAAGAAAAGAAAUGCUAUGAAAUCUGAUGAUUUUGAACCUGAAGAGAGUGAAAGUGAUGAUGAGGAGACUAUUGAAAAAGCAGAAGAAAGUAUUGAUGAAUUGGAGCAAAGUGAAGAAAUAAAAUUAUUGCAACAAGAAAGUGAAAUGUCCCUUGAAGAUAUUCUGGAUUCUUUACCUCCUGAAAUUUUACAGUCACAUGCUGUGUUAAGUGGAAAUGAAGAAAAUGAUAAGGAAUCUGUAUCUGAUAAUAAUAAAGAGAUGGUACAUUCAGCUUUUGAUGACGAUGAAGAUUUCCAAAUGUUUGAGGAUGAAGAGGAUGAUGAAAAAACUAUUCUAGAGCAAGAAAAAAUGGAAAAGAACAUUGAUCACAGGGAAGAGAUAAGAGAAUUGGAAGCAGAGAAUGAAAUGACUGUUGAAGAACUGAGAGCAAAAUAUUCUGGGGCAUAUUCAAACGAUUCUAAAGCAAAUGUUUCUGAUGAAAUGGAAGAUUCUGUUUCAUUUUCAGAAAAUGAAUAUGAGGAUAGUGAUGAGGAUUCUGAAGCUUCAGUCAUGGAACCUGCUGGUGAUGGAAAUCUUAUACAGAGUCGUAAUGAAUCAAAUCAGGAGAGAGUGUCUGAAAGCCCUUCAAAAGAGAUAAGUGAUAUUGCUGCUACAGCUGAAAGUUUUCAGCCUAAAGGAAAUACAUUAUCUACAACUCAAGUUUAUACAAAAGUACCGUUCUUAUUAAAGCAUCAACUUCGAGAAUAUCAGCAUAUUGGUCUCGAUUGGUUAAAUGCCAUGUAUGACAAGAAAUUAAAUGGAAUUUUAGCUGAUGAAAUGGGUCUUGGCAAAACUAUUCAGACAAUAUCAAUUUUAGCUCAUCUUGCUUGUGAAAAAGGUGUAUGGGGUCCUCAUUUAAUUGUUGUUCCUACUAGUGUAAUGCUAAAUUGGGAAAUGGAAUUCAAAAAGUGGUGUCCAGGAUUUAAAAUAUUGACAUAUUAUGGAACACCAAAAGAGCGUAAACAGAAACGUGUGGGAUGGACAAAACCUAAUGCUUUUCAUGUAUGUAUAACAUCAUAUAAGCUAGUAGUACAAGAUCAUCAAGCCUUUCGCAGGAAAAAAUGGAAAUAUUUCAUUUUGGAUGAAGCACAACAUAUAAAAAACUUUAAAUCUCAACGUUGGCAAAUGUUGCUGAAUUUCCAAAGCUCUCACCGCCUACUUCUCACUGGUACUCCUUUGCAAAAUAACCUUAUGGAGUUGUGGUCCCUUAUGCACUUUUUAAUGCCAAAUGUCUUCCAGUCUCACCGAGAAUUUCGAGAGUGGUUUGUAAAUCCCUUUACGGGUAUGAUAGAAGGUAGUCAUGAAUACAAUGAAAGUUUGAUUAAGAGAUUGCAUAAGGUGUUAAGACCUUUUUUACUGAGAAGAUUGAAGUCUGAGGUUGAAAAACAACUUCCUAAGAAAUAUGAGCAUGUUGUUAUGUGCCGUCUUUCCAAGCGACAGAGAUAUCUGUAUGAUGAUUUCAUGUCACAGACAAAGACUAAAGAAACACUAGCAACAGGAAAUUUUAUGAGUGUUAUAAAUAUAUUAAUGCAGUUACGUAAAGUUUGUAACCAUCCUAAUAUGUUUGAAGAGCGACCAACCAUAUCACCCUUUCUUAUGGAAGGAAUUUAUUUUCAUACAGCAUCUUUAGCAUAUGCAGCACUGGAAUAUGAUCCAUUUAAGUAUGUCAGUUUGCCGUCCUUGAAUCUUCAUCUGGCUGAUCUUGAGCUAUCAUUAACUGCCUUUGCUGCUCAUCGUGUGAAAAAAUUCCAAACCCCUCCUAAAUUAAUUGUAGAAAUGGACAGCUUGCCUGAACCUCCACCUCCUUGUCCAUCUGUUAAAAUGAAAAUUAAUUUUUGUAAUUCUCAGGGAUCUGGUCGUGCAUCUCCUAUGGCUUCCGUACCUAGAGCUCCAGUAACCACAGCACGUUUGCCUACAUCAACUCCUAACCGAUUAUCUGCGCCUGUUGGCCCUGCUUUAUCAUAUCCUCAAAGAUACAUGGUUAUUCCUGGCCAGCAGACUGCUCCAGCUACUCGAACUGUAAGUCCUGUUACUGCCAUUAGCAAUCAUCCAAUUAUUGGUCAAACAGAGCAGCAGUACACUUUGCAGUUAGUACAGCCUGGUGCUGCUGUUGCAUCUCUUGCUCCUAUUGGGGGGCUUACAUUACAGUUGCAACCAGGGCCGCCUACUAGUAACCGUGUCCAGUGCAUUCAGUCUUUAAUUGGUGGUAUUAGUCGUAUGGUUCAGACAGCUGCUGGUGCACAUUUUGUCAUAACAUCUGUUGCAAAUUCUGUUGCUGAACAGCAAGUCACUUCAGCUGUAACAACAGUUAGUGCUCAGCCUGGUGUUCCAAGUACAGCUGCUAGUGCUCAGUCCAUUGUUAUCGGCACUAAUGUAGCUACUGCAACCGUUUUACCUCAGGUGCAGAAGGUAGGAAGUCCAGCUGUUGCUCCCCCGUUCAUUACAACUUUCAGUCGGCCACAAAACAGUAGUCCUGUUACAUCCUUGGCAAACCAGACGAAUUACAACAAACCAAUUGGACGUGUUGCUCCUCUGAAUGUACAUCCUCCUUCAAGUGUUAAUGUGAAUGCUGCAGAUGUUCCAAGUCAAAAUCAUUUACAAGCUACAAAGACUCCUGUUGUUCAUUCUUUGUCAAAACCUGCACCAAAAUUAGAAACAUCAAGUAAUAAUGCUGCUGAGAAAAAAAAUUCUUUGUUUUAUUUGGAGUCUUUGGCCUUAGCAAAAGAAGAAGCAAGGAAGGAAAAUCUCAGAUCUCUUGCAAGAAUAAAUAACCGAAGGUGCAGUGCUUGUCCUAUAUAUGGUGGAGAUUUAGUAGAAGCUGUUACUGUGAUAAAUACUCUUAAGCAUGCUAAUCAAGGAUCACCAUGGUAUGGUAAAGGUUAUAUAAAUUGCUUGAAUGCUAUAUCAUCGGAAAGAGAUCCAAGCCUUUAUUGGUAUCACACAAAAACUUUAUCAGAUAUGAUAAAGACACCUGAAGAUCGUAUUAUAGAACUUACUGAUAUUAUCAAUAGGUUUGUUUUCGUUGUUCCUGCUGUAACAGCACCCUCUGUGCAGUUACAUGUAUCUCAUCCUCCACCCUCAAGAUUAAAUACUGAGCAGAGGAAUGCAGAAAUGUUAACUGAUUAUCUUUCUCCAGCUUGUGCCUUUCUUCAUCCAAUCGUUAGUAAUAUGAAAACCCAGUUUCCUGAGUUACGCCUUAUUGAGUAUGAUUGUGGAAAACUACAAAGACUUGCUCAUCUUCUUUGGGAAUUGAAAAUUAAUCAUCACAGAGUAUUAAUAUUUACACAAAUGACACGUAUGUUGGAUAUUCUUGAACAGUUCCUUAACUAUCAUGGUCAUACAUACUUACGAUUGGAUGGCAAUACAAAAGUGGAGCAGAGGCAGGCCCUAAUGGAGAGAUUCAAUGCAGAUAAGCGUAUUUUUUGCUUCAUUUUAUCAACAAGAUCUGGUGGUAUUGGCGUAAACCUUACAGGAGCAGACACUGUAAUUUUCUAUGACAGUGACUGGAAUCCUACUAUGGAUGCUCAAGCACAGGAUCGAUGUCAUAGAAUUGGUCAAACAAGAGAUGUUCAUAUUUAUAGGUUAAUAAGUGAAAGAACAAUAGAAGAAAAUAUUUUGAAGAAAGCAAAUCAAAAACGAAUUCUUGGAGAUCUUGCUAUUGAAGGGGGCAAUUUCACAACUGCUUUCUUCAAAAAGAAUACUAUUCACGAACUCUUUGGAAUUGAUCUUCGAGAAGAAUUUUCUAAAUUCUCUGCUGAGGAUCCUAAAAUCGAAGAAAUGCCUGAUACUGCUCCAGAAAAUGCUGAAUUAUUUUCACAGUCCCAGCUGGAACAAGCUUUGGGAAUGGCUGAAGAAGAAUCAGAUUUGCAAGCUGCAAAAACUGCUCAAGCAGAAGCUGUGGCAGAGCUUGCAGAAUUUGAUGAAUCUAUACCUUUAGAUACUGAUAGCCGCGAUAAUGAAGAAAAGUCUCCUGCUGAAGAGGAACUUGAAAAAUUAAUGGAACAGCUCACACCUGUUGAAAAGUAUGCUGUGCAGUUCCUGGAAUCUCUUCAAGAACCAGUUUCGCUUGAGCAGCUCAAACUUGCUGAGGAAGAAAUCGAAGCACAGAAGAAAGAUUGGGAGCUUGGACAUUUAAAAGCCCUAAAAGAAGAAGAGGAAAGACGUACUAAAAAUGUAGAUGAUGAUUCUCCUCUGUUUUAUAGCCGUGCUGCCUCUAAUCAGGUCCAUAGAUCUUCAUCUCGGUCUAACCGGAAUAAAGGGAGGGAUUCUUUUAGUGAUAAGUCUCAAUCAAAUACUCCUAAAAGGAGAAGUAAAAGAAUAAUUAUAAAAAAAGAAAAAAUGGAUGGUAGUUUCAUUGAUAGUGAAGAAUCGAAUGAUUAUGAAAUGAAAGAUAGUAUGAAAUGUGUUAGAAAAUAUGAAUCUAAGAAUACUCUAUUAAAUGGUCCUGCAAAUGGCGAUAUAGUUUUAAAGGAAUCUAGAGAUGUUGCUACAAUUAUGAAAAAUACUUGUCUGACUAGCAAUAAAAUUCCUACUAAAAAUACUUCAAAUCCAUUAGUUCUGAAACCAUUUUCAAAUCCUGAUUUAGUAAUCAGAACAAGACGAGCUUCUGCAAUAGAAGCAGAAGAAAGGUCCAGAAGUGAAAGUGAAUCCGAAUUCUCUGUACCUAGCCCAAAAAAUGUAAAUAAUAUAAUUCUGACUAUGCACAGAAAUGUACCUUUAACUGAUACUUCUGUAAGCUCUCCAAUUCUUUCUUCACCUGAGAGCAGUCCAAAAAAAGUCUUAUUACAUAACUCUGUAAUUCAAAAUCCAGAUUUAUCAUUGGACUUUGAGGAAAACUUAGAUAUUUAAUUUAUAAGUAAUAUUAAAUCGAUCAAUGCUGUAAAUGUGCCAUUUGCAGUGACAUGAAGUUAUCUAUUUAUUGAUAACAGUUUUUUAUGUAUUUAAUGAAUUUUUAAGUUACAGACUAUUUGGUGCAUGCAUCCCUGUAAAUUUCUACCCCUAUUGUGAAUAUACAUUGUAAAAAAUCUGCGUUUGCAAUUUAGUUUAUUAUUGAAAUUUCACAAAAUUUCAAAAUAUGUUGUACAAAAUGGUCAAAUUCUAGCAUGUAGAAUUAGUGUUAUUUAAUGUAUUGUACAAUUUUUGACUACGUCUAGCAUUCAAUAAAUCAAUAUUAUGUUACUACAUUAAA